AUGCGCUUCAAGAAGCGGAUUUUAGAUUUCCUUUUUACAAGAGUUUCAAAUUUUAUGACCGUUGCCACAACAGCACUUCACCUUUACUUGAGAAAAGAUAAGUUUGGGAAUACACCCUUGCUUGAAGCCAUAAAAAAUGAACAAGACAUCGUUGCUGCUUUGCUAGUUAAAGAAGGAGCUUCCUUAAACAUAGAUGAUGCUGGUAGUUUUCUGUGCACAGCAGUUUCGAAAGGGGAUUCAGACAUUUUGAAAAGGCUUUUGUCUAACGGAGUUGAUCCUAACUCCAGAGAUUAUGACCAUCGAACCCCACUUCAUGUAGCUGCUUCUGAGGGCUUAUAUUUGAUGGCAAAGCUUUUGAUAGAGUCUGGGGAUAGUGUUUUUACCGAAGACAGAUGGGGAAACACUCCACUUGAUGAAGGCCGAAUGUGUGGCAACAAGAAUUUGAUCGAGCUACUGGAAGAUGCAAAAUCUACUCAGUUAUCAGAAUUCCCUUAUUGUUCGAAAGAAAUCACAGGUAUUGCUGGACCUAAUUUGUCGGUAAUACCAGAUGAAAUACACCCGAAGAAGUGCACGGUUUUUCCUUUCCACCCUUGGGAUGCCCAAGAACGGAGGAGACCUGGCAUUGUGUUAUGGAUCCCUCGAACGGUGGAAGCGCUUAUUACAACCGCUGCCGAGCAGCUAGACGUUGCAGGUGCUUCUUGUAUAUUGUCUGAAGAUGGAGGUAAAAUUCUUGAUGCAGACUUGAUUAAUGAUGGACAAAAGCUGUAUUUGAUCAGUGAAACACGGUAG